GUAAAAGCUUGUGUAUUCAUGGGGCUGAAAAUUGUACACAGGUCUACCACAGGAGAAGUACAGCAAAUAAUUGGCUAUUACAACAUCCAUCUGUGGUUAGGCAUUCUUCAUUUCCACAAGUUAGAAAGUCUAUAAACAUGGAAGCUUCCUCUUCUGGAUUUGUUACAUCACCAAUUUCUCAUCACACAGAUAGAAAAGAGCAAUAUCAUGGUUGUGAUCUGGAAACACAAAUACCAAUAAGGCCUGAUGUUCAGAAGACACAUGUGGACUUUUCAGAGAUUCUUAAUGCAAUACAAGAAA